UUCCACGGCAACGCGUCACAACGACAGAGACGCAGAUGGUUUUCAUCACAGAGGAGCUGAUCCGGCGGAGGGCCGAGCACAACGACUGUGAGAUCCUGACCCUGGAGGAGGUUUCUCUGCACCAGCAGGACAUCGAGAGGAUCCAGCAUGUGGACAGGUGGUGCAGGGAGCUGAGGAUCCUCUACCUGCAGAACAACCUCAUCCCCAGAAUCGAGAACGUGGGGCGCCUAAAGAAGCUGGAGUAUCUGAAUCUGGCCUUGAACAACAUCCAAGUCAUUGAAAACCUGGAAGGCUGCGAGAGCCUCCGGAAGCUGGACCUGACGGUGAACUUCGUGGGUCUGCUGAGCAGCGUGGAGUCGCUGCGGCACAACGCCCACCUGAGGGAGCUCUUCCUGGUGGGGAACCCCUGCACCGAGUUCCAGGGCUACCGGCAGUACGUCGUGGCGGCGCUGCCUCAGCUCAAGUGGCUGGACGGGACGGAGAUCAGCCGGUCGGAGCGGAUCAGAGCCUCGCAGGGCCUGGAGCAGGUGAGGAGGCGAGUCAGAGAGCAGGAGCAGGAGUACCUGAGGAGGAGAGAGGAGCAGAAAGAGGAGGCUGCACGGAGAGACCAGGAGAGGAAACCAGACUCACAGGAUGACAAGGAGAACCUGCGGAGCGCCGAGGAGGAGGAGCAGGACUUCUGGCACACGCCCUGCCCCUUCACCCCCGAGUCCCGGCUGGAGGCGCACCGCCGCCUGGAGGAGAAGAAGAACGCCGACAGGAAGGAACCAGAGAAGAAGAGCAAACCUCCCAGGACUCUGAUCACCGCUGACGGACGAGUCAUGAACAUCAACGAACCCAAGUUGGCCUUUUCUCUGGCGGAGGAUGAAGAAAGCAACGCUGUGUUGGACCUGGCCGUUUACAGACACAUGGACACCUCCCUGAUGGACGUGGACGUCCAGCCGACCUACGCCAGAGUCAGCGUCAAAGGAAAGAUGUUCCAGGUGGUUCUUCCUGCGGAGGUGAAGCCCGACAGCUCCACGGCCCGGCGCUCCCAGACCACCGGACACCUGGUUCUGACCAUGCCCCGGGCCAACGGUGAACUCAGAGUGAAGAGGCCGGUUCCUCGCCAGCGCCGAGACGCUCCUGGUCGCAGCUCAGCAGAGGAACGGAGCAGGAGAGAUAAAGUUCCUGAGAGGCUGGAAGUUGAUCCCAGUAAACGUAAAUCUGUGGAUAUCGCCAACAUCGUGUCUCAGCGGAGCAACACAGACGACCUCCAGGACAAACCGGCAGCAGAACCCCCUGAAGAGUUCAUGGACGACCCAGAGGUUCCUCCACUCAUUUAAAUGUUUAAAACAAAUGAUGCAAAGGCAAAUCUGGGCUAAAUCAUUUUAAUUGUUUUACAGCAAAACAAACGUUUGUAACAAAACCUCAGAAAAACUUUGAUUUCAGUAAAAAGAUUUUAUUCUGGG